AUGCCCGUUGUCGGCUCCAUCGGGAGCCAAAAGGCCUUCGACGCAGACAUCGGCAACCGCCACCUAAUCUACGACUACGACGUACCAGGCAACAACACGUCCUCCGGCAACCCGGAAAAGUGGCGCUACGAGAUGUGGUUCUACAACGCGGACCGGAUCGUGUACGCGAUCCACGGCGGGCCCAUGGCCGGCCGCUACAACUACCAGGCCGCGACGUACCAGUGUAUCCGGCCGGGCGAGCUGUGGCAGUGCAACUGGCUCGAGGAGACGGGCACCAUGUGCAGUCUCGUGUACGACAUCAAGGAGGGCCGCAUCACGACCAUGCUGGGGUUCUCCAAGGGCCACUGGGAGUGUCCCGAGCAGGCGCAUGGGGAUAAGCGGAAUAAGCAGGAUUUGGAGAGAUGGAGGGGGCUGGCGAGGAUGGGGAACCAGGCGGAAAGAACGAUGCUUUGUGAGCAGGCCGAUGUUGUGGAGGAUUUUCGGGGUAGGGGCGAGUUAAAGGAGAUCGAGAUGAGUUGGCCGACUAUGUGA